GCGAGCUUUAGUGGGAGGAAAUGUAGGCUUGCAAAUAUUUGCAUGUGGGAAGAACAAAAUGCUCUAUACCACCCAUAUAAGAUAUGUCAUCGUGGGGUUGGAGAAGGAACGGCCAUUAACGGUUCAAGUCAAAAAAUGAACCAUGGCAGAGAAAAUGAAUGAGAGUCAUCAACGUUUUUUACAAGUUCUAAUGUCCCAUGGAAUAAUGGAGGGCUCUGCAGCAAGGGCAUUGCACAAACAUUGCUGUGAAGUACAUAAAGUGCAUUACAUGCAUGAUAAAUUAGAUGACUUUAUUGGUGUCAUAAACAAACAUCUACAGCCUAUCUUUAUGCAGAUACGGAAAGGAAUGUCUGAAGAGGAUGGACAAAGUUAUUAUGCCUUGGUGAACCUCGCUGAAAAUGAAAUUACCCGAAUGGCUUCAGAUUAUGCAGAAAAUGAACUGGAAUUGUUUCGGAAAACUGUGGAAUUAAUAAUUUUAUCAGACAAUGGAUUUGCUUCAUCCACAAGUAUUUUGAAUCUUUCUGAUCAACUUCAGACCAAGAAAAUUAGGAAAAAGGACACUGAACAACUGUUGCAGAGUUUUGUGCAGGAAAAGUGGCUUAUUGAGAGAGAUGGAGAAUAUACUCUUCAUACUCGCUGCAUUAUGGAGAUGGAACAUUAUUUACAAAGCACGUACCAAGACUUGGUCAAGGUUUGCAAUAUCUGCCAUAGCAUCGCAAUUCAGAGUCAGAUGUGUGACACAUGUGGGAUCCCAAUGCAUUUGCCUUGUGUUGGGAGAUACUUUAAAGGUCAAAAAGAUCCACACUGUCCUCGUUGUAAUGACGUCUGGCACCAUGACAUUCCAAAUUUAAAUCAAAACAGUUCCCAAGCUCCACCUUCUGAGAAAGUGACACCAAGGACUCAAGAGGCCAGAGGAGCGAACACAUCGAUGUCUUCAAGGAGAAGUCGAUAAAUCUUGGUCUCCAAAUGUUGUAUAAAUUUCCUUGGGUUAUCAAGAUUGUUUUCGUAGACAUUACUUACUUAACCACCUUCUUUCAGUGUGUGUGUGUAUAUAUUUAUAUAUAUUCAACAAGUAUUUUCAAGCAUUUAAUAUAUGGCAGAUAAUAACCAUUUACCUUUUUAUUCUUAUAAAUUAGAAAGGCUGUUCUUGACAUUUCUCUUUGCUUCUAGUCACUUCAUUGUUAAAAAAAAUAAAAAAAUGUAUACAUUUGAA